AUGAAAAAACUCUUAAAGAGUACCGAUUUUGAUGCUGUAGUAUAGAAACUGAAUAUUCACUGUAAAACUAAGAUUGAUGAUUGUAAGUAUUACGAGUUUAGAUUCCGUAGAUUUGGAUCCAUUCUAAAAAAUAAAAAAUUCCUCUCCUAUGAUUUUCGGUGAUUAUUGCCAUACGAACGUACCAAUCCAAUUGUAACUAUCUCCUAUCGACACAAAUUAAAAAAGUUACAUAUCACUACUAUCAGAUAAUAUUGACUUUUCGGUUAAAGAUAAAAAAUAAGGCAAUAACUCAAAUUAAUCUUUGGAACAUCCUCAAUGUCGAAUAUCAUAGCGCAUUCAUUCUUUCGUUUAAAAAGAGAAAAUUAUCAAUGAAGAAUAAAGCAUUUUAAAUAAAAGAUUGAAGGAAAUUCGGCAGAUUUAUGUGAAGAAGUUGGAACAACUCGACGAAUGUAUGUGAAGAAUCAUUUUAAAUAGAAUAUUUGCAUAAAAGAUUAUAAAUUUUAGAGUAAUUUGAGUAGCACUUGAAUUAACAAAGCCCAAAGAAGUCGAAGGAAUAGCCUCUGAAGAGUGCUCUCAAAAAGAAGGAUUCGAUUUGUUCAUCUCGAUAUUAUACUCAAAACGUAAAUGAUUCUUAAGAGGAUGAUUGGAAGUUCAUUCGUGAUGCUCAAAACAUUCUAAGGAAGUAGAAAUCAUCUCAUGUUGAAGGAUUCAUAACACCAUCCAAAGUUAGAUUUGUAAAAUAUUCAUUUAACAAACUUAGUAAAAGAAAUCAAAGAAAUCUUUACUAAAUGAUGAUUCAUUUUAAGUAUUAUAAUUUCGAUAUUGAUGAG